AUGCCCUUCUUUAUUGGGAGCUUUGGUGAUUUAAAGCUCUCCUACCCCCCCCUGCUGUCUGCCACUGUGCCGCUGCUGCUGUUGGCCUAUUUAUCCGGUGGUGGACCAGAGGAGCAGAGAGAGUGGGGAGAGGCAGGCGGACUAGUGGCCAUGUCCCAUCAGCGGAGUGCGUGUUUGGGGCUCGCGGUGCUUUUCGUUCUGGGGGUGUUGUUGGAGGAUGGGGAGAGCUGCAGCUGCCAGCCCGCACACCCACAGCAACUAUUCUGCAGCGCUGAGAUCGUGAUAAGGGCAAAGAUCUCCGGAGAGAAGAUAGUGUCGCCUAGCAACAGCUCCUCUCCGUACAUGAAGAUGAUCCAGUACGAAAUCAAGAUGAUAAAGAUGUUCAAAGGGUUUCAUAAGGCCAAAGACAUCCAGUACGUGUACACACCUGUCUUCUCCUCACUGUGUGGAGUCAAACUGGACUCUAACAACAAGGCCGGAUACCUGCUCUCAGGAAGCAUGUGGAGUGACGGCAGGAUUUCGAUUGGUCAGUGUGACCUUGUGGAAUCCUGGGACAACCUGUCACUAUCCCAGAAGAAGAACCUGAACUACAGAUACCAGAUGGGCUGCGAGUGCAGAAUCAACACAUGUUACAGUGUGCCGUGUGCAUCCAAUGGGGACCAUGAGUGCCAGUGGACAGACUGGCCGCUGGACAACAGUCUGAAUGGGGAGCAGGCACGGCAGUACGCCUGUAUCCGCCGCUCUGAAUCCAGCUGCAGCUGGUACAGAGGGGGACCGCCCCCAGAAAAGGACUUCCAGGACUUCACUGACCCAUGAGACCUGAGUGAAGAGUUUGAGCUGCUCCACUUUCAGCUGUACCUCCUGUGGUUUGUAUUUGUGACCGGACCAGAGCUCUGAAUGCACCAC